AAGAAAAAAAAAAAAAACGGAUCGACAAGGGAAUCGACAAACGGUACAAAAAAGAAAAAAAGAAUCAAAUUUUCGUUGCAAACGCCUGAGCAUCGUACACCGAGUGCGUGUUUACGACAAGGAGCGAACCAAAACAUCAAUGACCUUGAAAGAGGAACAGUCACGUGACUGGGAGAAAGCACAAGGAUUGGAUAGUCUCGACGCAUAUAAUGUGUAUUGCGCCGUGCGCGCCCUAUGUCCCGCAUUCCGUGUCCGAUAGAUUGUAGAGAGUUUAGCGGGGCAAAAGGGGCGAAAGACAGACUACGCGACGGCUUACGACGACGACGGGCACGACGGCGACGAGGACGACAAGAGAAAAAACGGGAGGAGAGAGUGUGCUUGGCCCAUCUGUGUGUGCGCGCGCGUUGCUCGGUUGUGUUAUCCAAGAUGAAGUCCGACUCUAAACCUUUGUUGACAGCUCAGGCGGAAAAGGCGAAUCAUUACACAUACUUGAAGGAAUUUCGCGUCGAACAAUGUCCCCUCUUUAUACAGCGCAAAUGCACACAGCACCGACCCUUCACGUGCUUCAACUGGCACUUUAUGAACCAGCGGAGGCGAAGACCGGUGAGAAAGAGGGACCGCACCUUCAACUAUAGCGCCGAUAAUUAUUGCACCAAGUACGACGAGACUACCGGCAUAUGUCCAGAUGGAGACGAAUGUCCGUUCCUUCACCGCACUGCUGGCGACACAGAGAGACGUUAUCACCUACGUUAUUAUAAAACCUGCAUGUGUGUCCAUGAUACGGACACACGUGGGUUCUGUGUCAAGAACGGCCCUCAUUGUGCCUUCGCACAUGGCAAUCAUGAUCUUCGUCCACCGGUUUACGACAUUAAAGAAAUACAGGCGUUGGAGAAUCCCGAUUCUGAUCCUAAUUCAUCCUCUAAUGGACCAAACAUACUUGACAAAGAGAGAAACUUGAUGAACGAAGAUCCAAAAUGGCAGGACACGAACUACGUGCUGAGUAAUUACAAGACAGAGCCCUGCAAACGACCACCAAGGCUUUGCCGUCAGGGCUAUGCUUGUCCACAGUAUCACAAUAGUAAAGAUAAAAGACGUAGUCCUCGGAAGUACAAGUACAGAUCAACACCAUGCCCUAAUGUAAAACAUGGAGAAGAAUGGGGUGAACCAGGCAAUUGUGAACAAGGAGAUGCUUGUACGUAUUGUCACACACGUACAGAACAACAGUUCCAUCCCGAGAUAUACAAAUCCACGAAAUGUAAUGAUGUUCAGCAAGCUGGAUAUUGUCCGCGCGGAGUCUUCUGUGCUUUUGCACAUGUUGACCUGUUGCCAACAGAAGAAAUGAGCCUGGCGAGGGACAUGGCCGUACCUAUAGAUUGUGGCACCAAUUUGGCAGAUAUUCUAAGCAAUGCGCUUCCACCCGAUAAGCGUAGUCACGAAAAGGAUAAACCACUUAGUGAUAGUAGUAAUGGAAGCGGUGAAGUGUCAGAGUCAGCAAGUACUAGCAGCGUCGGCAGUAAUAGUUCGCAUAGUAAAGCCCCUGGUGCUCAACUUCAUAACUCCAAUUCCAAUACCACUGUAAACACAUCUAAUCAGCAAAAGUUAACAAGCAUACUUUAUAAUCCCAGUUCUCUUUUGCAAGUUGGUGAAAUACGAAAACAAGUGGUUGCUAUAGAUAGUGAUCCUUUAUUAACAAAAGCAGAGAAAGCUCAACAGAAACAGAGCCUAUACAUUGCAUAUAGUUUGAAUGGAAGCUUAGGGAAUCACUCAUUAGCAACUACUGUCUCACCGCUUUCAAGUUCAUUUUAUCCAAAUGACACUGUGGAAUCUGUAGUAGGAAAUGCAUUAGAUGAAUUACAUCUAGAUGACCCUUUAAAUUUAGUAGAAUCAAUUCAUAGAGAUACUAAUUCACCAAUUAGCAAUUCAAUAUCAGCAGGCCUAGCAAGUUCUGGUCUAUUAGGAAGCUCAGCACCAGUUAAUAUUCCUGGGAUGAACGAACGUUCAGUUCUUACAAAUUUUUCACCAUCAACGUCCAGUCCACUUCUACAUUCGACUAGUUUUCUCACUGGAUCCAGAUUUUCUCAUCAGGAUUCAAUAGAAUCGACUAUGCCAUUUAUGAAUCAAGUAUCAGAUCCAUUUAGCAAUCAUAUUUCACAACUUAGCAGUUCAGCUUCUAAGCUUAGCGGAUUUAAUAGUAGCUUAUUUGAUUUUACGAAUCAAGGAAUGUCUCCAUCUCGUACUCAACCUCUCCCAGCAUCUCCAUUGGUUAAUGCAUUUUCUAUUAGUCCAAGUAAUACAGGAUCUUUGUCUGAGGUACAAAGGCUCAGAGAGGAAUUGACGUCAAGUCGUGCCCAGCUAGCAACUUGGGAUGAACGUAUUAAUCAAGCUAGAGCUGCUUGCGCCGCUUGGCAAUUGGAAAGUGAGGAAGCUAAAAGAAAAGCAAGUAUCGCUGAACAACAGAGAGACGAGGCCUUGUUGCAAGUGAAAGCAUUAAGGGUAGAAAAUGAAGCGUCCAGUGGUGGGCCAUAUCUUCAUACAUUGAGAAGAAUAAGUGAGCUCAGAUCAUUAUCUAUAGCCGCAUUAAAAUCAAUUCAAUCACAGCUCCGUUCGGAUCUCGAAGAAGUAGAAAAGGUAGCUCAGUUGUUGCCGUUCCAGGUGCUGUACAGAGAAACGGCAACAAAGUGCAUGGUUUGCGAAGAACAAAAUCGCGCUGUUACCCUCUCACCUUGUAACCACUACGUUGUCUGCUCGACGUGCGCUCCAAAUCAACGUGAGUGCCCGUACUGCCAGACUCCGGUUGUCUCUACAAGUUAG